CCUUGGUAUCCUGCCCUGCCGGUUGUCUCUAUCAAUUUUAUUCUAUGAACCCUGUCCUUAAACGUCAUGGGUCUGGUUCAGGACCUGGCGGUCGCUCUCAAGUCUCUUGCGGACUCUCCAUUCCUGUUAUGUGGGCUUGUUACGGCCUUCUCGCUGGUAUACUUCCUGGCCCUCGGCUUGUAUCGCAUCACUCUUCACCCACUGGCCAACUUUCCCGGCCCAAAGCUCGCCGCCUUCACGCAAUGGUAUGAGACCUACUUCGACGUGUUCAAGUCCCCCGGAGGACAGUUUCUAUUUCAUUAUCGAAAGCUUCACGAACAGUAUGGGCCCAUUAUCCGAAUUAGCCCGAACGAAAUCCAUAUUCAGGAUUCCACUUUCUUCGAGGAUUUGUACUCCCAGUCUUUGCCUUGGGAUAAACUCGAGCACUGGCAACAUCGAUUCGGCAACGACACCGGCCUUUUUCCGACCCCCAAGCAUCAUGUGCAUCAUGCUCGACGGGCGGCUUUGAAUGGUUUCUUUUCAAAGCGCACCAUUGCGCAGGCUGCGCCUAUGAUGCAGGAGCGGCUGGAUAAGCUCUGUGAUCGGCUGCGUCGGGAAUAUCAGGGAACGGGAAAGAUUUUGCGAUUCGACUGGAUGUGGGGAUGCAUUGCGUCCGAUAUCAUCGUACAAUACUGUUUUAAUCGAAGCUACCGCUUCAUCGAGGCGCCUGAGUUCCGCUCGCAGUUUAUCCAGGCCUUAGUUGACUUGAUGAACGGUGUUCACGUGGUGACUCACUUUCCAUGGGUAUCCACAAUCAUGAAUGCGCUUCCGCAGAAGGUGGUCGAGGUGUUCCAGCCAGGCAUGAAGUCGGUCAACCAUUACAAUCGGGAAAUGUCAAGCCAAAUCUCAGAGAUUAUCUCCAUCAAAGCGCAGGGGAAGAUGCGGGAGGCCGAUCAGAAUACGGUGUUUUCUGCGCUGUUGGACUCGGACCUGCCGCCGGAAGACAAGACCUUCCGGCGAAUGCACCAUGAGGCUUUCACAGUGAUCGGGGCUGGAUUCGAUACCACCCGGUUCGCUCUGACGGUUGCCAGCUACCAUAUUCUCAGCACACCUGCUGUUUACCACCGUCUUCGCGAAGAACUGAAGGCCGCCAUUCCGGAUCCUACGAACAUGCCUUCGCUGCAGGAGCUGGAAAAGCUGCCGUAUCUGACGGGGUGUAUCCAGGAGGGCAUUCGUCUGUCCUACGGUGUUGUACAACGGGGUCCACGCAUCUCGGACAAGUUCACUCUAGCCUACAAGUCGUGGGUAAUCCCCAAGAACACGGCUAUCAGCAUGGACAUUUACUCCGUCCACCACGACGAGGCGAUCUUCCCCGAUUCGUUCACGUACAAACCGGAGCGGUGGCUCGGGGACCCAGUGGCGCCCGACGGCCGCAGGCUUUCGCGGUACAUGGUCGCGUUUGGUCGAGGGACCCGGUCCUGCCUGGGGAUCAACCUUGCUUAUGCAGAGAUGUACAUUGCACUGGCGAAUCUCUUCCGGCGGUUCGACUUUGAGUUGUUCGAGACGGGGCGGGAGUCAGUGGAGGUGUACCGCGACAUGUUCCUGCCGCAUGUGAGGCCUGACACGCAGGGGGUGAGGGUGAAGGUGUUGUAGUUCUGUUUUGGAAUGUAUACGUAUCUGAGCGCAGCUCGGAAUGACACGGCAUGGAGAUACUGU